AUGGAGCGGCCCAACAAUCUCCUCACCGAGCUCAGAAAGCGCCGAGAGCACGCCCAAACCCAAAAAACCCGCGCCGAGCUGAAAGCAAAGGCUGCCGCAGACGCCACCGCCGCCCCCCAACACUCCAAGCAGUACCUAGACUGGAUAGCCAAGUACCACAAAGAACAGAGCAAGGGCUUCGCAAUCCUCCAGCGCAUCAACGCCCUGCAGGCCCUCAGCAGGAAAACAAGCACCCCAGAAAUCAAGAGCGCCAAUCCACCACCAUACAGCAGCACCACGCUCGACGAGAUGAUCUCCGCGCUGACGCUCCUGUACCGCGAGCACCUGGAGACGCUGCAGGGUACGCUUGCUGCGCAUCCGACGGGCGGCCGGGCGGGCGAUUACCAUGAGUUUGAGUUUCUGCGGACCACGCAUAAUGAGAAGGGGCAGACGCUGGCGUGGGAGGAGCACCAGUAUACGUGUGCGAUGCGUGGGGGGUGCUGUGGGCGCCUGUGUGGGUGCUGUAGUCUGCCUCUGCGGGAACUGUUUAUUCCGUUGUCGAAUGGGAAGAGGAAGAAGGGCGGGGUGUAUGGGCAUUGCACGGCGGAGUGUCUCUGCUGUAAUCUGUUUUAUGGAUGCUAUAAGCCUGAUUCGCGGUUGCCGAAGAUUGAUCCUGCUUUGGUCAAGGCUCUUGGUGGAUGA